GACCAGUUACUAUUGAAAGUGUUGCGGAAGAGGGAGAAAUAAGUCUGAAGCUACGCUGGAGAAGAGAAAAAAAUGAAGAUCGCUACCUGAGGAAGACUUAUACAUCUAAGCCCAGGAAUCAUGAGCAACCGAGGAAGUGAUGCCAUACCACGAAGAUAAAAAUUAUAUAAUGACCCAGAGAAUGAAUGGAGGGGUGGAGAAACACAGGGAGGAAGUAAAAGACAAAGAAAGCGAUACUGCGGAUGAGAUUUUGGGACGAAAUGCAGACGCACCACUCGGCCACCAGAGGGCAGCAGACAAUCAUAAAUACCACACACUGGGUUAUCAGAAAAAGAAGCCAAAGGUGCGUCUAGUCGCUACAUUGGGUAAGGGAUCUCCAACCUCAAAAUCUAGAGGUGCUCCAAUUCAGGGGCUGUUCGACCAGGGACCAACUGAAAAGACUUCCAUGCAGGAGGAGCGAGGCAAUGUUGGUGGAGGCCAGUCACAGCUGGCGUUGUUGAAACAGACUCUGCAGUCAUUUGCUCUGCCCGAUGAGCUCAAAUGGUGGUGGAAAGAAGGAGAAAAAGAUGAUAUUUUGGAGAUCAACUGGACUGAUAUAGUGCAUUCCCACAAGUCAAUGGCAAGGAUUCAGAAGCACCAGCAGGAGGCGAUAUGGGAACUUCUCCAAACUGAGCUAAUUUACAUCAACAAACUCACCAUUAUCACUGAUCUUGUUCUUGCUGCACUGGAGCAUGUUCACCGACAAGGAUUUCUCCUUGAGGUAUCUGCUGCCCAACUCUUUUCUAACAUAUGCAGUAUCCGUGAUGCCCACAAGUGCUUCUGGCUGGAAGUGAUUUACCCCAUGUUGCAGAAUGUUAAAAUGUCUGGCCAACCAUUUGACCCUUUAAAACUUGAUCCUGGAUGUUUGCAGUUUGCUGACCGUUUCUCUGCAUAUUUGGAUUAUUGUUGGGAGGCAAAGAUCAAUCUGGAGUUCACACACAGACAGAUGGAAAUAAACCCACACUUUAACAUUUUUCGUACGUGGGUGGAGACUCAUCCCCAAUGUAUGCGAAUGAGGCUGGGUGACAUGCAGGCAAAGCCCCACCAGAGGAUCACGAAGUAUCCCUUACUAUUAAAGGCUAUUCUGAAGGCUACAGAGGACAUAAAUACACAGAAAACCCUCUCCCGCAUGAUAAAUAGCGUCAGUCAGUUUCUGGACAGUAUCAAUGACUACUUGCUGUUUAAGGAUGAUGAGCUGGCAAUCUUUGACCUUUCACAGAAAAUAGAGGGAUAUGAAUUACCAGGGAUGAGUGAAGAAAUAGAAAAGUAUAUGCAGGAGUUCUGUCAAUUUGAUUUAACUAGCCCUAUACGGGGCAUGGGACCCAGAGACCUACGCAAGCUGAUAAAAGGAGAGAACCUGAAGGUUAGAGGAAGGAAGGACAGUAAGCUGGAAGUGUUUGUGUUGCUCUUUACUGAUGUGCUACUGCUGACCAAACCCCAAAAGAAAUCAGAGAAACACAAGGUUGUGCGCCCCCCACUGUCCCUGGAAAGAAUACACUGUGCAGAACUCAAGGAUGGCUACUCCUUUGUCAUAUUGGAGGUGAGUGAUCUAGGCUGUCCUGUCAGUGUGUACAGUGUUUCUACUCCCAGCCCAGAGAGCUGCGCAGCAUGGAUCACUAAUAUCCACCAAGCCCAGGAAACCUUGAAGUCUUUACGGAAAAAAGAGACAGUCACACUUGAGGAACCCAGUGAUCAGAUUCUAGAGGAGUCAGACCCACUUCCUCUUUUCAAUAUACCAAAUAUCAAGGAUGCAGCCGAGCAGUUUGAGUAUACAAGUCUUUUUGCUUCACUCUUUGAGAAAGAAGGGCAGAAUUUGCACAACCAACCUGCACAUUCACAUUUUUCGAACAAACAAAUGCAAAACCAAGACAAAGAAUUUAAUAAUGAUCACAACACAACACAAGAAACCAAAGAGAGCGAGAGAGAGAAAAAUGGACAUUGCAAAGAUGGCGAUAUUUUAUAUGGUCCAGCAGUUGAAAGACGGGUAACAUGGAAUCAUAAACACCUUUCAGAUAAAAAUUCCAAAGCCUUUCCACAACAAGACAUAUUAGAGACCAAUAAGUCUAGCGGUCCACAUCUAUUGUUAGUCGGUGGAUUAAGGGAAAAGAAUGCACUAAGCCAGUCAUCAUCAAGCCAGUUUUUAUUGCCAAGUAAAUUUAUACCUGUUGAGACUGAAAGUGUCAAACAUCAACCCUCACAGAAACCAGAUCUAUGGCAGAAUUCUUGGUCUCACCAAUCAGGUGAUGAAAAUGAGUCUCUCUCAGAAUCAUGGACAUUCACAAGAACUUUAAAUUCACCAAGGUUACGAAGAAAACGUCCCAUGAAUUCUCAGCUGCCUGCUUCACUCCAGAACACCAGGAGAAUGUCAGCUGAGGCAGAAAUAUUGACAUUGUUUACCAACAUGAAUUCCAAAUCAGUCUCCGAUUCUGGCAAGAACCAUAAUAUCUGCAAACCCUCUGAUACAACCUCUAAAUCUCAGGACCACCUGGUACUUAAAAUGGGCUCUGUAAAACAGAAUCGAGGGGCGUUCUGGAAUUUUCCCUUUGACAGGAUUUCAGAGUCAGAGUCAGAACUGUCAAAAGAGACACAUAAUGAGAAUGCUCCAAAGAAUAAUAGAAUAAAACCACAGAGGACUGAAUCCUUACCUGAGCUCCAGUCUUCCCCUCUGCAGGGAAUCCUGAAAAGGGCCAAGGAGCGUGACAGAGAGCGUGGAAUAGUAAAAAAAGAGGGGAAGCAUUUAGAAAAGACUUCUGCUCAAAGUUCCAAUACUUUUCCACAUUUAGUCUGCACUUCUCCAUCACCAUCACCCAGUUACAGAGAGAAAGAGGCAGCAACAGAGGAGCAAGAGCUGUUCAGAUCAAGAUGGUAUGACUCUCAUACAGAGACCAGCGUAGACAGCAGUUACAAUGACAGGAACAACAGACCUAUCACUUCAAUGGGUGUAAAUGUGGACUGGCCAGGCUGGUGCUUCGAUGAUGAGGAUGUGCUGGAGUUCACUGGGCUUGACGAUAAAACACUAGACUGUUUUGAACAGGCCCCAACUUCUGCAGAGUAUCCGAAAACACCCAGGCAUAGCGAAGCAGAUUACAGUGAAGUGUAAUGUAAUGUGACAAACAUUUUGUUUGUUUGUCCAUGCAAUGAAAGAAUCUGGUGCAAAAUGGAAACUGUGAUCUGCACCACAGUUAGGUGAAGCUACUUCAAGGACAGAAUAUAGUAAAGCCCACUCCAAAAGCCUUUGUAUAGACUUUGUUCAUUUAUGCAUACAUUUAAUGUGUUUAUAGAAAGUUUGGGAACACUUUUCAGAUUUCUUUAAA